AAAAAUCCUCUCUUUCCUUAAUUUUUUUCUUUCUCUCUAACCGAUUCUCUCCUAUUGAAUCGCCGUAACUAGUGCAGCUUUUCUACUUGUGUCUUAAAGAAAACAAAAAACAAACAUUGGCUUCUCUCUUUUGAAUCUGACAAGUGACAACAGAGAGAUAACAAUGGAUGGAGGAGUUGAUCACCUCGCCGACGAGAGGAACAAAGCAGAGUUCCACGUCGACGAUAUGAAGCUCGUCUGGGCCGGUUCCCGCCACUCUUUCGAUGUUUCAAAUCGUGUUUCCCGCCUCGUCGCCGCUGAUCCGGUCUUUGAGAAAAGCAACAGAGCUGUAAUGAAUAGGAAAGAGUUGUUCAAGAACACGUUGAGAAAAAGCGUUCACGCUUGGAAGAUGAUCAACGAGCUUCGUCUUUCUGAUGAGGAAGCGAUCAAACUGAGGUCUUUCAUGGAUCAACCAGGCUUCAUGGAUCUCCAUUGGGGAAUGUUUGUGCCUGCUAUUAAAGGACAAGGCACAGAGGAACAACACAAAAAGUGGUUGUCUUUAGCUAAUAAGAUGCAUAUAAUUGGAUGUUAUGCUCAAACUGAGCUUGGUCAUGGCUCUAACGUUCAAGGCCUUGAGACAACCGUCACUUUUGAUCCAAAGACCGAUCAGUUUAUCAUUCACAGUCCAACUCAGACAUCAUCCAAAUGGUGGCUUGGUGGCUUAGGAAAAGUUUCUACUCAUGUUGUGGUUUAUGCUCGUCUCAUAACGAAUGGCAAAGACCAUGGUGUUCAUGGAUUCAUUGUGCAACUAAGAAGUUUGGAUGAUCAUACUCCUCUUCCGGGUAUAACCAUCGGUGAUAUUGGAAUGAAGUUUGGAAACGCAUAUAACUCAAUGGACAAUGGUUUUCUUAUGUUUGAUCAUUUUCGCAUUCCUAGAGAUCAAAUGUUCAUGAGACUGUCAAAAGUUACAAGAGAAGGAAAAUAUGUAGCAUCAGAUGUUCCAAGGCAAUUGGUGUAUGGUACUAUGGUGUAUGUAAGACAGUUUAUUGUGUCAAAUGCUUCCACUGCGCUGGCUUGGGCUGUCUGCAUUGCUACUAGGUACAGUGCAGUUCGAAGGCAGUUUGGUUCACAGAACGGUGGAAUUGAAACACAGGUGAUUGAUUAUAAAACUCAGCAGAACAGAUUGUUUCCUCUGCUAGCAUAUGCAUAUGCAUUUCGGUUUGUAGGGGAGUGGCUGAAAUGGCUCUACACUGAUGUAACACAAAGACUAGAGGCCAGUGAUUUUGCAACAUUGCCUGAAGCUCAUGCAUGCACUGCAGGAUUAAAGUCAAUGACUACCUCAGCCACCUCAGAUGGUAUUGAAGAAUGUCGUAAGUUAUGUGGUGGACAUGGAUAUUUGUGGUGUAGUGGCCUUCCUGAGUUGUUUGUUGUAUAUGUUCCUGCUUGCACAUACGAAGGAGACAAUGUUGUGUUGCAAUUACAGGUUGCUAGAUUUCUGAUGAAGACAGUUUCUGAUGAAGACAGUUCUGGAAAGGUUCCUUCAGGGACAACUGCUUAUAUGGGCAGAGCAAAACACCUUUUGCAAUGCAGUUCCGGUGUUCAAAAAGCUAAAGAUUGGUUAAACCCUGAUAUGGUGAUGGAAGCUUUUGAAGCAAGGGCUUUGAGAAUGGUUGUUACAUGUGCUAACAAUCUAAGCAUGUUUGAGAAUCAAGAACAAGGAUUCUCAGAACUCUUGGCUGAUCUUGUUGAGGCUGCUAUUGCUCAUUGCCAGUUGAUUGUCGUCUCUAAGUUUAUAGCCAAAGUAGAGGGAAAGAUUGAAGGAAAAGGAGUGAAGAAACAACUCAAGAACUUGUGCUACAUCUACGCACUCUAUCUUCUUCACAAACACCUUGGUGAUUUCCUCAGAACAAAGUCUGUUACUCCCGAACAAGCUGCACUCGCGAACGACCAGCUUCGGUCACUCUACUCCCAGCUGCGACCAAACGCAGUAGCCUUAGUGGAUGCCUUUGACUACACGGACCACUAUCUAGGCUCUGUGCUGGGACGCUACGACGGAAACGUUUACUCAAAGCUGUUUGAGGAAGCACUGAAGGAUCCACUCAAUGAUUCGGUGGUUCCUGAUGGCUACCGUGAAUACAUCCGACCGUUGAUUAAGCAAGACUUCCGCUCUGCCAAACUCUAACUCCUUUGUGCGCCUAAAAAAGGACAACAUUAUUUUGAUCAUUUCAUAUGUUUAAUUCACCUUUGUUAACAAUUACUACGACUAAGUUUGACAAAUGAAAUAAAUCUUUGGAUA